AUGUUUCGCAGUGCUUUUCGGCCCUUCUCUUCCUUACGCUACACCAGAGGUGCUCGUACCGCACGAUAUUUUCAUCGUGUCACAACAGAUUUCAUUACCUAUAAUGCGAGAGGAAAUCUAGUUACUAGGAAGGUGCCUAUCAUUAUUGGCAAUCCGGGAGAAACUUACGUUUUGAUUGAGAUAGGGGUUGGCAGUGCACUCCGUGCUGCUAGUCCCUUUAUAUCAACUUCUGCAGCUAGUACUGAAGAUAGAUGUAAACUUACGUUUUUCCACGAUUCGCAACACUUUGGUUUUGGAUCAUCGAGUUAUCCCCGCCUCUAUAUCCCAAGCCAAAUCCCUCGCCAGACAGAGUUAAAUACAAGCCCGGCAACUUUGUUCUUAGACGGAAAAAUGCACGAGAUAGUUCUGGAUGGAACACCUGAUGCAAUUUUCGCGGAGCACGCAAGCGCUACUGGACGGAACCUAGCAACCGUACUCGACCAGCUGAAGGAUAUGUGA